AUGAAGAUGAAGCUGCUUUUCUUUCUUCUCCUUUUUGCUUCUACAAUUUCCUCUUCUCUGGCCAAGGGUUCCUUCCAAGAAACCCUUCUUUCUUCAGAAUUCAAUGACUUUAGUAAUGGAAGCCGUGCAAGGCAUUUGUUGGAGAAUGAAUCUAAGACUCAGACAAGUGUUGAUUUCGCACAAGGAUAUAUGUCUAAUGAUGACCUUGAAUUGGCCAUCAAAGAAUUUGGACAAAGAUGCAGCAACAUUUCCAGGAUAUACAGGUGA